GCUUUGACACAUUAGUAGUCAUUUGUGGUUGGCUGAUUCAGUGUGGUCCUCUGUGUUUCGAUAUUUAAGUCCUACAACAUCAGACGGUCAAGGAAGGAACACAAGACGACAGUGAAGUUUGCUGAGACUAUUUUCCUUAAGCAGUUAUACAACACGGUCAACCAAGACCUUGAGAUGGCGUUCAACUCAAACAGCACCCAUGUUAAUGACUCAUAUGUGUAUGAUGAAGAAUUAAUCCCAAUGUGUGAGGACGACUAUGAAAAAACGACUGGCGUGUGCUACGCCACGAUCUUCUGCCUCAGCAUCCUUGGAAAUGGCUUCCUCGUGUGUGCGCUCACCUGCUACGAAGACCUGAAAAGGGCCACCAACCUUUUCAUGUUCUGUUUGGCUCUUUUCGACCUUCUGUUCACACUGACGUUGCCUUUCUGGUGUGUGGAGCUUCUUCAUCACUGGGUUUUUGGAGAUGUUGUCUGUAAGAUCAUGACCGGGGCCUAUUUUGUAGGCAUCUAUGGAAGCCUCAUCCUUCUCACGGCCAUGACCCUCGACCGUUUUGUUGUGGUUGUUGUCAGAAGUUACUGGUUAACACGGAGUCGAAGGCUCAAAUGUUCAAAGGCUGCCUGCAUUGGUGCCUGGAUCAUAAGUUUGAUUGCUUGUCUGAGAGAUUCAAUAGCCGCAAAGGCACACGAUGAACAUAUCAACAAAUACUCAUGUCAAAGCACCAGUACAGUUGAUGACAACGUCGGAUAUUACACUCAGCUCAUUCUGCUGUUUCUUGUACCGUUUGCCAUCAUUGUUUUCUGUUACACCAAAAUCAUUUUGACCCUCAUGUCAACUUCGACCAGGCAGAAAUACAGGACUGUGAUACUGGUGCUGUGCAUUGUUAUCGCUUUCUUCAUAUGCUGGGGGCCGUAUCAUAUCAUCAUAGUGUUGAUGUCCAUCUAUGACUUUGAUCCCUGCAAACAUUAUCAGCUGCAUGUUGCAUUUAUCGUCUGCAGGAUUCUGGCGUUUUCUCACUGCUGCAUAAACCCGGCGCUGUAUAUUGUCAGAGGGAAGUACAGAAAUCUCGUGUCAAGCUUAUUGUUCUGCUCACCUGAACUCAGGCAGUCGGGGCUCUACAGAGGACCAACGGAUCCCAGCGACUCCAGGAUUCAUCCGUACAUGAAUGAAGGAGCUCGAGAAAAUUGUGAAGUGCAACAAACAAACGACACAUGUAACAAUUCUCAUCCAACAGCAUUCAAAUCACAGGCAGACCUGGAGAACUGCGUUGUUUACUGUAACACAACAAGGAGAGAAGUGCAUCCUCUGUCAACAGUGGUCAUUUAUUCACCUGUACAUUCAUCUGAAUAGGGGAAACAGAAAUGAGAAAUAAACCUAUGUUUGAUUCAAAGAGAUGGCAUCAGCCAUGCAAAACACGUUGAGCAAAUACCAUCUAAACUCUACAAAGUUCAUCAAAUACAAUCAGUCAAAUACAACAUCAUCAACCAUUUAUCUUAAUAUUAUUUGUGAAAUUAUCAAGUCAAGUUACAUUAAAAAAAAUAAAAUAAAAUAAAUUGCGGGAGCACAUUUUACCUACCACCUCUCAAUAUCUUGUGUCCCCCCUAAAAUGAUAUGAGGAUGUUAUAU